AUGUCAACAAAGUUAAAAGGAACACGUUCGGGACACAGGAGCGCUCUCACAAGGCUUUUGCGGAGAUUUGACGAUGUGACAUCUAAAGAAGAAUUUGACAGAGACGAAGUUUCAACCAUUUUGGAUUUGAUCAUUGAUAAGCAAAGAUUUUUGUCAGACUUGAACAAUCAAAUUAUUAGUGAAUUAUCGGAAGAGGAACUUGAAGUGGAAAUUUCUGAUUCAGAUGAGUAUUCUAUAACUUUAGAGACAAAAAUACGCAAAAUGCGUAAAUUUCUAGAACCAACCGCCCGUAGCUAUUCACUCCCAGUAACAGAUAGUUCACUUAACCCCUUAGCUCAGAGUUUUGAUGUCAAUAGAAACCAAACAGCAUCGUUCAAUUCGCAACUAAUGUACGCUCCUCAUAUGUCAAACAGCAACAACCAAUUUCACAAAUUACCAAAGUUAGAACUUUCUAAAUUCGACGGCAACAUUCUUAAUUGGCAAGCAUUCUGGGAAUCUUACGACACAGCAAUUCACAGUAAUCCCUCAUUAACAGACGCCCAGAAAUUCAACUAUUUGAAAACACUACUUCAAAACGAGGCUUUGACUACAGUUUCGGGUUUUACGCUCACAAAUUUAAACUACAGUAAAGCAAUAGAUUUGUUACACCAGCGAUUUGGACAGACUCAAAAAAUCACGCACACGUACAUGCAGACUUUGUUAGCUCUACCCGCACCCGAUAGUACAGUUCAAUCAUGCCGCAGAUUUUAUGACAAGUCAGAAACGCUCAUAAGAGGACUAGAAUCACUAGGUCAAAGUCAGGAAUCAUAUGGUGCAUUACUCAUACCUAUUAUGCUCAACGAAUUACCAAGUAGAAUUAAGGAGAAUAUAACCCGUGAACAUGGUUUAAAACAGUGGUCGCUUGAUGAACUCAGACAACACUUAUUUAAUGAGAUAAGUAUAUUAGAAGCCGGACAAAGAGUUAAUUUAGAAUCAGAUGAAACAUUGCAUAGCACAGUAUACCUUGCAAAAACUGACACAAAAAAUAACUACAAUAACAAUAACAGAAAGCCACAGAGAAGUGAGGUAGCCGUUCACACGCGGAAACCAUGUAUUUAUUGCGGUGAGUCUCAUAGCCCUAAUACAUGUAUGAAAAUUGUUGACCAAAAAGCCCGUCUAGAAAUCCUUAAAAAAAAGAAAGCUUGUUUUAAUUGUCUUGGCAACCACCGAGUUACAGAUUGUAAGUCUAAAGGAACUUGUAAACAAUGUGGACGAAAACAUCAUACCAGUAUUUGUUUAAAUAAGAGUCAGUCUUCGUUUUCUAGCAACAGUAUUUCGAAUCAUAACAAUAAAGAUAAUAAACCCGCUUCAUCAGAUAAGCAAGAUAUAGCCGAAACCGCAUCAGCAAUGCACUGUACUACAUAUUCACAAGUACUUCUCAAGACCGCGAUAGCUACGGUGCACUCAAACGCGCAAGUCAGUAUGGACGCAAACAUACUAUUCGACGAAGGGGCUCAGCGCUCGUUUAUCACAGAAAGUCUAGCGGAGCAAUUAGAACUAAAACAAAACGGAACAGAAGCCAUAUCAAUUUCUGGAUUUGGAGGAGGUAACGGAUCAAUACGCCAUUUGAAAACCGCUGACAUAUUUGUACUCACGGAAGACGGAAGCCGCAUACAGCUGAAUAUACUCAUUGUUCCUGAAAUAGCUUCACCGAUACGGAUACAUACUACCGAGACAACUAACUUACCUUACUUGCGCGGAUUAAAAUUGGCACACCCGCUUUCAGGACAUGACGUUUUCUCCGUAAAUUUAUUGAUAGGCGCUGACCAUUAUUGGGAUUUCAUGGAAGAUAAGAUAAUACGAGGCAACGGUCCAACUGCAGUCAAGUCAAGAAUAGGGUAUUUGCUAUCCGGCCCGACACAGAAAUCAACAGAAGGAACUACUUCAAUGAUGAACAUUUUAAUUGGACACAAAGAAGAGGAAUAUGAUUUAGAAAACUUCUGGAAAAUCGAGUCAUUAGGAAUAACACCACAGAAUAAGGAGAAAUCAAACGCAGAAUAUUUGGAAAACUUCAUAUCUACAAAUAUAUCGUACGAUGCCAAUACUUGUAAAUACACAGCAAAACUUCCAUGGAAAGACGACCAUGAACCACUUCCGUCCAACAUCGACAUAGCUAGACGAAGAACAGAAAAUGUAGUACGAAGACUCAGCAACGAUCCGUUUUUACUUAGAAAAUAUGGUGAGAUUAUAAACGACCAGGAAAAGAGAGGUUUUAUUGAACGCAUAGACAACCCAACAACAAGCACAGAACAUGCGCAUUAUAUCCCUCACCAUUCAGUCAAGAAAGAUUCAGCGACGACACCCAUCCGUAUUGUUUAUGACUGUAGCUGUCGUCGAUCACAAGACACGCCCAGUCUGAAUGAUUGUUUGCGCAAAGAACCCCCGAUCUUAAAUGACAUAUCAACACUUUUGAUGCGAUUUAGAGAGAAUAGAUAUGCUGUUGUUACCGAUAUAGAGAAGGCGUUUCUUCAAAUCACGCUAGACGAGAAAGACAGAGAUAUGACGAGAUUUUUCUGGCUAAAGGACUCAACAGACCCUACAUCAAAGUUGAUUACUUACCGCUUUAAAGCUAUCCUAUUCGGCGCAACGUGUUCACCUUUUAUAUUGAAUGCGACCUUAUUAAAGCAUUUACGUGAACAGUCUAGUCAUACAUCUGAAACACUCAUAGAUGGAUUAUACGUAGACAACAUAAUUGCAGGCUUCGACACCACAACUGAACUAUUGAAGUUUUAUGAAGAGUCAAGAACACUGAUGACCAAAGGUGGAUUCAACUUACGUUCAUGGGCAUCGAAUUGUACAGCACUUAACGAUUUAGCUACAUCUCAAAACGUUAACGAUGGAGAUAAAUGUAUUAAAGUUUUAGGAUUACGAUGGAACACCAAAGAUGACCGUGUUAGUUUUGGAUUCAAACCAUUGUCUAUGCUACCAGAAAAUCAAAUCACGAAACGAGAAAUACUAAGAAGAUCGUCAAAAAUCUACGACCCACUUGGAAUUCUAAGCCCAGUUACAGUGCGUAGCAAGAUACUAUUGCAGGAUUUAUGGACACAGAAACUAGGGUGGGACGAACAAAUACCUGAUGAAAUUAGACCGCAGUGGCAUUCUAUCGAUCAAGACUUGAAAAAAUGCACAGAGAUUGAAUUUUCGAGACGUUACUUUGAAAAUAUGGACACUACCGAUGAACCUACCUUACAUGUAUUUACCGAUGCAAGCGCAGUAGCGUACGGCGCUUGUGCGUACUUAGUAAAAGGGGAAGAGUCUAACUUUGUCAUGGCUAAAAAUAGAGUGGCACCUUUGAAAAAGUUAACUAUACCACAACUUGAACUUAUGGCAGCAUUAGUCGGAGGACGGUUAACUUCACAUAUAAUGUCAAGUUUACGGAACGUUAAAAAGUGUGUAUUAUGGAGCGACAGUCAAAUUAUUUUACACUGGAUAUCUUCAAGGAAGCAACUUAAAACCUUUAUAGCAAACAGAGUUAUUGAAAUCAAAGAGCUCACAUGUGAACAUAGCUGGAAAUAUUGCCCUACAGAACACAACCCUGCUGAUUUAUUAUCACGUGGUUUAUCGUAUGAACAAUUGAAAAAUAACAAACUAUGGAUGCAUGGUCCGGACUGGUUAACAAACGAGAAACAAUGGCCGAAUGAAUUUCAAAUCGACAAUAAAGUGAUGACCACAACUUGUAAGGACUAUGAGAAUCAAGAAACGCAAGAUGACAUUAUACGGACGAAGAACAACGUAUUGAACAUAAUCAACGUUGAUAGAUACCAUUCAUUCAACAAAACCGCGCGUAUUUUAGGUUACGUACAGAAAUUCAUAGAUAACUGCCGUAAUACAGCUCCUAAUACUAGAAGACUGACUACAACAUAUCUAACACCAAAUGAUAUACAUAAUGCAACAAUGAAGUUAAUUGAAGCUGUGCAACACGAAAGAUACAGUGAUGUUUUUGAAAGCUUAUGUUCAAAGUCAACGCAUAGUUUGAUACGUCAAUUACGUUUAUAUCUGGACAAAGACGGAUUAAUACGAUGUGGUGGACGCAUUAAUAACGCACCACUUCCAGAGAAUGCAAAAUUCCCGUAUUUAAUACCAACAAAGCAUAGAUUAACAAAACUACUUAUAAAUGAUAUUCACAUUGAAAAUUUACAUUCCGGCAUAGGAGCUACCGUAACUUAUUUGAGGCAAAAAUAUUGGAUACCUUCAGCACGACAAGAAGUUGGAUGCGUAAUUCGAAAAUGUGUAAGUUGUAGAAAAGUAACAGGAGUUGCAUACAAAGCACCAGAUCCUCCACCUCUACCAAAAGAUAGAUUAUCGUCCGAAGAACCAUUUACUAUAUCAGGCGUCGAUUUCAGUGGUGCGCUUAACAUCAAAGGAGACGAUGGACUACUUCGAAAAGUGUAUAUAUGUUUGUUUACAUGUGCCAAUACUCGAGCUAUUCAUCUUGAAAUAGUUCCAGAUAUGACUGAAAAAUCGUUCAUGCUAGCUUUUCGUAGAUUCAUAAGCAGGAAAUCGAUACCAAGAGUUAUGAUAUCGGACAAUGCUACAACAUUUGUUGCCGCCGCGGAGGAAAUACGAAAGUUAACGGACUCUAAAUCUUUACAUGACAAAUUGUGCCAAUUUGGAACCACAUGGAAAUUCAUACCAAAACGUGCUCCAUGGUACGGCGGAUUUUGGGAAAGACUGGUUGGACUAACUAAAAAUUGUCUAAAAAAGAUUCCUGGACGCGCAUGUAUAGAUUUACCUCUGUUACAGACAUUAGUGGUGGAAAUUGAAGCUAACCUUAACAAUAGACCGCUUACCUAUAUAUCGUCGGACAUUGCCGAUCCAGAGCCGCUUACCCCGUCGCAUCUAUUGUAUGGAAGACAAAUUAAAUCUUUCCCGUAUCCGUUAUAUACAGAUGAAACAUACUGUUAUAGUGCCGAUUUAACAACCAAUCAUGAAACUAUGAAUGAUCAAGCGAAAAGGAGAUUCCGUCUUAUUGAACAAUUUUUAGCAAGAUGGAACCACGAGUAUUUGACCUCCUUACGUGAAUUUCACCGAGUGUCUGGAAAUAACAAUCAAAAAGUAAAACUAGGAGAUGUAGUCCAGAUAUAUGAUGACAAUUCUCCACGUACGACAUGGAAACUCGGUGUAAUUGAAGAACUUACCUAUGGCAAUGAUAACCUUGUGCGAUCUGCGACGGUCCGAACAUCUAACUCUAAACUAAACAGACCAAUUGUCAAGUUAUAUCCUUUGGAGAUUUGUGAACCCGACUCAAUAACUACACCGACACAAAGAUAUCAGCGAAGAGCCAAGACAGAUGCCGUAGAGAAAAUCAGAGAGUGUUUAAAGUGA